AUGGCAUCAUCACUGUUGCCCUUUAUUGGGUGGGCCGUUCUUCCUAACUAUGCCACGUCUUUCCUUCAAAGUGUCUAUUAUGGUAUGACCAUACGUGCAGGGGACCCAAAGCCAGCACCUCAGUCAGAACGGUAUGAGCGUCAUCGCCGCCGCAUCUUUAUUUUCGUGAUCACCAGUUACCUCCUCUACACGCUCUAUGAGACAUUCUACCAAGUCCAGCUGGCGGGUGACUAUUACCAAGCGCUAGGCGUGUCACCAUUCGCCGAUGAACGAGCAAUCAAGUCGCGGUUCCGCAGACUUGCUGCCCAAUACCAUCCUGACAAAGUCGGAAUCGACAGCGGCGCCGAGUCUUACUUCUUGUACAUUCGACGGGCCCAGGAGACACUGGUGGAUCCAGUGAAGCGCUUCGCAUAUGAUAGAUUUGGAACAGAUAUGCUCAACUGGGGCGAGCAGAAGACCAUGCGCGAUUACUUGAUGACCUCAUUAACCAAGUCAAUUGUGCCACAGUAUAUCGGCGGAUUUGUCACGAUGAUGCUCCUGAACUGGCUGUGGUGGGCGAAUUGGGGACGCUACUGGCGAUUUAUCACAUUCGGCGCCCUCCUCACCCUCGAACUGGGCCUGAUCACACACCCCCAAGCAGUAUUCAUGCCAACCACUUACCUCCCUGACAUAAUACAAGCCUACCUCCCCAAAAACUCUUUUUAUCUCCUCCCCUUUCAGAUCCUGACACUUGCCCGCCGCGCAUCGAUCAUGCUGCACAUCUUCAUCUCGCAGGCUGCCCCUCCCUCCGCCAAAACAGCUGCGACUGGAACUGGAGAUAAAAUCUCUCCGCAGACCAUGCAGAAAAUGGGCCAGUUGGUGCAGUUGAGCCGCGCCACUGAUGCCGAGGCCACUAGAAUCAUGCAGAUGGGACUGGCUCCUUUCCGCGGUGACCGUGAGAGUGUCUCGACCCUCCGAAGGGGUAUGAAGGAAGGGCUGAUCCUCGCUGGAGUGAGGUCUAGUCCUGUGGUACAGCAGGCUGUGGCAAAUGUCAUGGAACUACGGAAGGCUGAGAACAAGCAUGACUGA